UAGUAAUAAUAAUAUAAGUGAAAUUGAAAUUGAAGAUGAUAAUAACUGGGUAGAUGUUGAAACACAGAGUGUAGAAGAUCAUUGUGCAUUUGAUGAUACUCCAAAAAAAAACAACUCUUAGUAUUACAUGUCAAACUAAUGAAAUUGUUGAUGAAAGUGUUUUAGAUGAACAUAAAUAUUUUUUUUGUAAUAUAAAUUCCUGUGAUGGUGUAAGUACUGCUGAAGUACAAGUAAACAUUCCAAUUAAAAGAACAGCUGAAAAAAUUUGUUAUGUUAAUUUGCCGCCUUUACACAAGAACGUUGAAGAUGUUGGGUGUGAUCCAAUUGCUCCAGAUUCUAUUAAAUCUGAUUGUCCAGGUUUCCAUGGAAUUACUUCUAUUCAUGAUGACCAAUCCUUAAGCASUUUAACCGGUGUUAAUUUUUCAAUAUUUGCACUUUUAUUGAAUAUGCUUCCUGACAUAAAAUCUACCAAAAUAGAUAAAAAAACAAAAUUACUUAUCACUUUGACAAAAUUGAAGACUGGUCUGACAUUUACAGCACUAGGAAUACUAUUCAGCAUUCACAGAACUUCAGCACAAAAAAUAUUUAUCAGGAACUUACAACAACUCAAUAUUUUAUUGAAAAAUUUUAUAGUUUGGCCUUCGAGAGCUACUCUACAAGCAACUCUACCAGAAGCUUUCAAAAAAAAUUACCCUGCAACACGCGUGAUUAUCGAUUGCACUGAAGUGUAUACAGAACAACCGCCGGAAGUAAGACAGAAAGUUUUCAUGUACUCGGACUAUAAACAUCAUCAAACAGUGAAAUUCUUGGUUGGGUGUGCUCCAAACGGAGUGAUAACUUUUGUAUCUAAGUGCUACGGUGGUCGUUCUAGUGACUGUUACAUUACGAACGAUUGUGGGAUAUUAGAUUUAAUAGAACCUGGUGACGUUGUUCUUGCUGAUAAAGGUUUUCCUCAAAUUCAAACCGAAGUUGAAAAAAAAAAUGCUAUCUUCAUUAUGCCUCCUUUUGCACAUGAUGGACAAUUUACAGCUGAAGAAGUUAACAAAACCUAUAAUAUUGCUUCAGUCAGAAUUCAUAUUGAAAGAGUGAACCAAAGAAUCAAAGAUUUCAAUAUUUUUACAAAAAUACCAAUAUCUUUACUUCCUCAUGUUGAUGAAAUUGUUUUU